AUGCUAUCCAACCCACUACACCGUUUCUCGCCAUAUCAUGGCAUGCCACCCAACACGCUCUUCUCCAACACCCACGUCCAGAACGGUCAUCCCCAUACACCCGGGAUGGACGCACUCGCCCCAAAGUUUGGCCUGGGGUGUGAAUACGUUCGGGAGCGAAAGAAGAGAGGAAAGGCAUCGCGGAAGGACCUUGCCGCACAAGCAGCCGCGCAAGCAGCAGCAUCAGCCGGCCAAGGGCCAAAGUCGCCAUCUGAAGACAACGGGCAAUCUUCAGAACAGUCGGAGUCAAAUAAUUCAAAGACUGGCCAGCCCUCUAUUGAUGACUUGCAACAACACCAUGGCGGCAAGACUCUUGAUGACCUCGGCGACGAAGCCAUGCAACGGAGUCAACGGACGGGCUCGCUUGAUAGUCUCGGCGAUAUUGCUGGUCAUCAAGCUCAAUUGACAGGACACCAUGGUAUGGAUAGGGACCACUUGGAAAGCCCUACUACUCUCGAUCUCAACGGAUACGGAGGCGUGCCUCCGGGAUACGAUAGACAGAGCCUGGGAACACACAUGAUGGCGGGCCCCUCACAUGCCGCAUACGGCCCAAAUCAGGGGAACAUCUCAGCAUAUCCUGACAUCCCUUACGCCAUUCAGACGCACAGUCCGACUGCAUACGCCAACGGCGCGCCGUUUCGCAUCGCAGCAAGUCCGAUUAGUGCCUAUCCGCUGGCAGGCGAACCGACGUCUCCCGAAUGGAUCUCCAUGUCCUCGCCGCCAACGCAGUAUCCAACUCAUAUGCCUACAGGCUACACUCAACCUAACCAACAACUACGGUACCCAGUGUUGCAGCCUCUACUGCCACAUAUUGGGAGUCUUCUCCCGGUCUCCUUGGCAUGCGAUCUCAUUGAUCUGUACUUCGCCUCAUCAUCGUCUGCGCAAAUGCACCCGAUGUCUCCAUACGUGCUGGGAUUCGUCUUCCGGAAGCGAUCUUUCCUUCACCCCACGAAACCGAGGUUCUGUCAGCCUGCCUUGUUGGCUAGUAUGCUCUGGGUUUCUGCUCAGACCAGCGAUGCUCCAUUCCUCACCAGUGUCCCAUCGGCUCGAGGAAAGAUCUGCCAGAAGCUAUUGGAACUGACAGUGAGCUUGCUCAAGCCACUCAUCCACACCCCGUCUGGCGACACCUCACCAGUCACCAGUCCAGUCAUUGAUGGCGUUGCUCUUGGCGGCCUUGGAGUAGCGCUCCCCGGGUCCAUCAGCAUGGAUGCGCUCACCGGAGAAUCGGGUCCGUUCGGCGCUGCAGGGACGCUGGACGAUGUCAUCACCUACAUCCAUCUCGCAACGGUAGUAUCGGCAAGCGAAUACAAGGGCGCGAGUCUUCGCUGGUGGAACGCUGCCUGGUCUCUGGCUCGUGAGCUAAAACUGGGUCGUGAACUACCUCCAACUCCCAUGUCUAUGAGCCAAAAUCACGACAUCGACGCAGACGGCGAGGCCGAAGAUGGCAUCGGCAGCAACGGCCACCCGGGCGUCAUCACAGAAGAAGAACGCGAAGAGCGUCGACGUAUCUGGUGGCUGACUUACAUCGUUGAUCGACAUCUGGCCCUCUGCUACAACAGGCCAUUAUUCCUCCUCGAUCUCGAAUGCGCUGGUCUUCUGCAACCCAUGGACGAUACUGCCUGGCAAAAUGGCGACUUCCGCCAGCUUGACAACACCACCGAUCCAAGCCUCGGAGACGCCUCCAGCCAGUCCGGCCGUGUCCGUGGUCCGCAUUUCGAAUGCACAGGGCAUAGCAUUUUCGGGUACUUCCUGCCCCUCAUGACCAUCUUGGGCGAGAUUGUCGACCUGCACCACGCCCGCAAUCACCCCAGGUUCGGCGUUGGCUUCCGUUCCGCCCGCGAGUGGGACGACCAGGCGAGCGAAAUCACACGACACCUAGAGGCCUACGAGCACAGCCUCAAGCGCUUCGAGCAGCAGCACCUCACGCGCCAUGUCAACCUGGACGACAAGAUUGACCUUGUCAACCCAGAAAAUGGCGAGCACGGCUCCAUCGCAGACAUCGGCACUCCGUCUGUCCACUCAGUCCACACCAAUGCCUCGAACCGCAUGACCGAGAGCGACAUCCAAACGAAGAUUGUCAUGGCCUACGGCACCCACGUCAUGCACGUCCUGCACAUCCUCCUGGCUGGCAAAUGGGACCCCAUCAACCUCAUCGACGACAACGACCUCUGGAUCUCGUCCCAGGGCUUCAUCACCGCAACGGGCCACGCCGUCUCGGCGGCCGAGGCCAUCAGCAACAUUCUCGAGUUCGACCCCGGCCUGGAGUUCAUGCCCUUCUUCUUUGGCAUCUACCUGCUGCAAGGGUCCUUCCUCCUGCUCCUCAUCGCCGACAAGCUCCAGCUCGAGGCGUCGCCCAGCGUCGUCAAGGCGUGCGAGACGAUUGUGCGUGCACAUGAGGCUUGCGUCGUGACGCUCAACACGGAGUACCAGCGCAACUUUAGUAAAGUAAUGCGAAGUGCUCUGGCCCAAGUCAGGGGCCGCGUGCCCGAAGACCUCAACGAGCAGCACCAGCGCCGUCGCGAGCUGCUCGCGCUGUACCGCUGGACAGGCGACGGGACCGGCCUCGCUCUUUAG